AGGUUGUCAGCAACUAGCCAUUCACUGACACCUCAAAGUGAUAUGGACUCCAGUAGCUCUGAAGAAUUCUAUCAGGCCGUUCACCAUGCUGAGCAAACCUUCAGAAAAAUGGAAAGUUAUUUGAAACAACAGCAACUCUGUGAUGUUAUCCUCAUUGUUGGGAACCGAAAGAUACCUGCGCACAGGCUCGUCCUGAGCUCAGUCUCCGACUAUUUUGCUGCCAUGUUUACAAGUGAUGUUUGUGAAGCCAAGCAAGAGGAGAUCAAGAUGGAAGGCAUAGACCCCAAUGCCCUCUGGGACCUUGUCCAGUUUGCAUAUACAGGUUGCUUGGAGUUAAAGGAAGACACCAUUGAAAACCUUCUUGCUGCAGCGUGCCUUCUUCAGCUCCCUCAAGUAGUAGAAGUGUGCUGCCACUUCCUCAUGAAGCUGUUGCACCCAUCCAACUGUUUGGGGAUCCGAGCCUUCGCAGAUGCUCAAGGAUGCAUUGAAUUAAUGAAGGUGGCCCACAGCUACACAAUGGAAAACAUAAUGGAAGUUAUGAGAAAUCAAGAGUUUUUACUGCUUCCAGCUGAGGAGCUCCAUAAACUCCUGGCCAGCGAUGAUGUAAAUGUCCCUGAUGAAGAAACCAUCUUCCAUGCAUUAAUGAUGUGGGUCAAGUAUGACAUGCAGAGGAGAUGCAACGACUUGAGUAUGCUUCUUGCCUUUAUAAGACUGCCACUGCUUCCGCCACAGAUAUUGGCUGACUUAGAAAACCAUGCAUUAUUUAAGAAUGAUCUGGAAUGUCAAAAACUGAUUCUGGAAGCAAUGAAAUAUCAUCUAUUGCCAGAAAGAAGAACUUUAAUGCAAAGUCCAAGAACUAAACCUAGAAAAUCUACAGUUGGAACUUUGUAUGCUGUAGGAGGAAUGGAUAACAACAAAGGAGCUACAACCAUAGAGAAAUAUGACCUCAGAACAAAUUUGUGGAUCCAGGCAGGAAUGAUGAAUGGCAGGAGACUGCAGUUUGGUGUGGCUGUUAUUGAUGACAAACUCUUUGUAAUUGGAGGUCGAGAUGGCUUAAAGACAUUGAACACUGUUGAAUGUUACAAUCCCAAAACCAAGACUUGGACUGUCUUACCACCAAUGUCAACACAUAGACAUGGUCUAGGUGUAACAGUUCUUGAAGGCCCUAUUUAUGCUGUGGGAGGCCAUGAUGGCUGGAGCUAUCUGAAUACGGUGGAGAGGUGGGACCCCCAGAGUCAGCAAUGGACAUUUGUAGCCAGUAUGUCCAUUGCCCGAAGCACAGUUGGUGUAGCGGCUUUGAAUGGCAAGUUAUAUUCAGUUGGAGGUCGUGAUGGAAGUUCCUGUUUGAGUUCAAUGGAAUACUAUGAUCCUCAUACAAAUAAGUGGAACAUGUGUGCUCCAAUGUGUAAGAGGAGAGGAGGUGUUGGAGUGGCCACGUGCGAUGGUUUUCUCUAUGCAGUAGGAGGUCAUGACGCUCCUGCUUCAAAUCACUGUUCCAGGUUACUAGAUUAUGUAGAAAGAUAUGAUCCCAAAACAGACACAUGGACCAUGGUGGCUCCUUUGAGUAUGCCCAGAGAUGCUGUUGGAGUCUGUCUCCUUGGUGACAGGUUAUAUGCCGUUGGUGGCUAUGAUGGGCAGACAUACCUCAACACUAUGGAAUCCUAUGAUCCACAAACAAAUGAGUGGACACAGACUAGCAAAAUUGCUGGCACGGAGUAA